GCAGCUGUAAAGCCUCGGUAUCGUUCUCCAUCACACCGAGAGCAACACACACACCGAGAGAGUCACGCUGCAUACCUACACCCACGGAUACAUAAAAUAAGCCCCGACACAUCGCACAUUGGACGCGUUGUGACAAGAAAUCGGCAUGGGGGACCGUAUGGCUUUGUUGCUGCUGCUGGUGGCGACCUCGGCGCUUGCUGUUGAGCAGGUGCCGACAGAUGAGUCCAUGGGUCUGCUGGCGGAGCCCCAGGUGGCCAUGUUCUGUGGGAAGCUCAACAUGCACAUCAACGUCCAGAGCGGCAAGUGGGAGUCGGACCCUUCCGGAACCAAGAGCUGCAUCGGAACCAAGGAGGGCAUCCUGCAGUACUGCCAGGAGGUGUACCCUGAUCUCCAGAUCACCAACGUGGUGGAGGCCAACCAGCCAGUCAGCAUCCAGGACUGGUGCAAGAAGGGACGCAAGCAGUGCCGCAGUCACCUGCACAUCGUGGUGCCCUACCGCUGCCUGGUUGGGGAGUUUGUGAGCGAUGCCCUGCUGGUUCCUGACAAGUGUAAGUUCCUGCACCAGGAGCGCAUGGACCAGUGUGAGAGCCACUUGCACUGGCACACUGUGGCCAAGGAGUCCUGCGGAGACCGAACCAUGAAUCUCCAUGACUACGGGAUGCUGUUGCCCUGCGGCAUCGACCGCUUCCGGGGGGUGGAGUUUGUGUGCUGUCCCACGGAGGCCGAGCGCUCGGCCGACAGCGGCGAGCAGGACGAGGACGAUUCUGACGUGUGGUGGGGCGGAGCUGAGGCCGACUACACCGACAACAGUAUGCCCCGGGAGGCGGAGCCAACGGUGCAGCAGGAAGAGGAGGAGCCUGCUGUGGUAGAAGAUGACGGGGAAGACGAGGAGGAGGAGGAAGAAGAGGAGGUGGAGGUGCUGGACAAUGACCAGGAUGGAGACGGCGAGGAAGAGGAGGACGAAGACGACGACGUCAUCGACGAGCGCGACGACGAGCCCACCACCAACGUUGCCAUGACGACCACCACCACCACCACCACCGAGUCGGUGGAGGAGGUCGUCCGAGAGGUGUGCUGGGCGAGUGCAGAGACUGGUCCUUGUCGCGCCAUGCUGCCCCGCUGGUACUAUGACCGCGAGGAGGGCCACUGUGCCCAGUUUAUCUACGGGGGCUGUGGGGGCAACCGGAAUAACUUUGAGUCGGAGGAAUACUGCCUGUCUGUCUGCGACAGCGUCCUGCCCACCGCCGCCCCCAGCUCCUCCGACGCCGUGGACCGUUACCUGGAGACGCCCGGCGACGAGAACGAGCACGCCCACUUCCAGAAGGCCAAGGAGAGUCUGGAGGCCAAGCACAGAGACAGGAUGUCCAAGGUGAUGAGGGAGUGGGAGGAGGCUGAGCGCGAGGCCAAGAGUCUACCUCGGGCUGAUAAGAAGGCUGUCAUCCAGCGUUUCCAGGAGCGCGUGGAGGCUCUGGAGCAGGAGGCGGCCAGUGAGAGGCAGCAGCUGGUGGAGACGCACAUGGCCAGGGUGGAGGCCCUGCUGAACGACCGCCGGCGCCUGGCCCUGGAGAGCUACCUGACCGCCCUGCAGGCUGACCCUCCCCGGCCUCGUCACGUGUUCAGCCUGCUGAAGAAGUACGUGCGCGCCGAGCAGAAGGACAGGCAGCACACCCUCAAGCACUUUGAGCACGUGCGCAUGGUGGACCCCAAGAAGGCGGCCCAGAUCCGACCCCAGGUGCUGACCCAUCUUCGUGUGAUUGAGGAGAGGAUGAACCAGUCCCUGGGUCUGCUCUACAAGGUGCCCAGUGUGGCUGAUGACAUUCAGGAUCAAGUGGAGCUGCUGCAGAGGGAGCAGGCAGAGAUGGCCCAGCAGCUGUCCUCCCUGCAGAGCGACGUGAGGGUGAGCUACGGCAACGACGCCCUGAUGCCCAACCUGCCCGACAGCACCUCCAGCCUGGACUCGCUGGCCAAGGAGGACGGCCUGGGCCUGGACGGCCUGGGCUUCAUCCACCCCGAGAGCUUCAACCAGGCCAACACCCAGAACCAAGUGGUUCCUGUUGACGCUCGCCCCAUCCCUGACAGAGGCCUGCCGACACGACCAGUGUCUGGUCUGAAGCCAGAGGAGAUUCCUGAGCUCAGGAUGGAGGCUGAGGAGAGGCACAGCACCGGAUAUGAAGUCCACCACCAGAAGCUGGUGUUUUUCGCGGAGGACGUCGGCUCGAACAAGGGAGCAAUCAUCGGGCUGAUGGUCGGCGGGGUUGUCAUAGCGACAGUCAUCGUCAUCACCCUGGUGAUGCUGAGGAAGAAGCAGUACACAUCCAUCCACCACGGAGUCAUCGAGGUGGAUGCCGCCGUCACCCCCGAGGAACGGCACCUGUCCAAGAUGCAGCAGAACGGCUACGAGAACCCCACCUACAAGUUCUUUGAGCAGAUGCAGAACUGAAGAACACGCAGUGUCACCAUCCCACCUUGACCACUCACCCCACCCCCAACCCACCCCCAUCUCUCGCCCCAUAAACACCCUUCACCCCCAUCCUCUCCUAGAGGUGUCCCAUGCCUAGCCUAGACCACCCAGCCUCACCACCAACCUCUCCUGGUCUGGGGUGGGAGGAGAACGCCCUCGUACUGGUCCAGGGUCAGUGUUAGCUUCUGGCUUGCAAAUGCUGAGGUGUGGACUUGAGUAGAGAAACUGACCCUGCAUCAGCACCUACGAGGUGUCGUGUGUCACACACUGCUCCUCCUCCCCUUCCUCCCUACACUACUGCACCCACGAUGCACUGGGGUAUAGGUGAGGUCUAUGGGUCAUGAAUCCCCUCCCCCCUCUUCUCUUCCCCCCUCACCUACCCACACCCCUCCCCCCACCCCUCAUAUCUUUCUCUGUUCAUUCUUAUGACAGCUGUGCUGUGUUAGAUCACACAAGGCUUUUAAGGAUUCAGUGCUAUGGAUGAUGUUGAUGAUGAUUAUUAUAUAUGAUGAUGAUAAUGAUGGCAACAAUGUAUUCUGAAUGAGCUCUUUUGUUUGGAGUUAUUCUAUCAUUUCCGGUUUUGUUUUCCAAAAAAAGAAUCAAAAUGUAAAAAAAACAAAAGAAUUCUAUGUAAAGAUGACAAUUGUUCUUUUUUUUUUAUUGCGUGUUAUGUACUGAAGUAACGCUUAAAUCUAGCUGUUCUAUUUAGUGCAUGAUGACAACAAUGAUGAUGAUAUUGAUGAUGAGGGGAUUAAAAACGGUCUUUCCAGUUCUGAGAGAUCUUUUCUCACGUAUAGAUUGUCAUUCUAGCAAGAUUGUAAAUUUUUAGUAUCUUCUCGUGAUCACGUGACUCAAAACAACCAUAAAACAUAUGAUAAAUCUAGAUGACUGGGCUCUCUGCUUUGAUAUCAUGUGAAGUACACCUUUGGAUUGGAAGAUUAUGUUCCCAUUUUCUAUUUUUUCCCCUUUUUUCUUUUCUUUUUUUUACCAUGCUUGUUCCUGGAGCUACGGGCCCUGGCUUGAUCCGUAUGUGUACAUUGUUAUUAUGAUCUGAAAUGUAUUGUGUUGGAAUCCUAUAUUGCGUUUGCAGACCUAAAUGUCGAGGCUCUUCGACAUGGCCCUAUUUAAUUUUCAUUUCUUUUCAAACCUGUGUCGUUUUUUUUUUUUUUUUAAGGUUUGGGGAAGAUUUGGUGUGUGUGUUUGGUGGGGGGGAGGGACUAGGAGAGGUGGGUGGGUGGGGGGGGGGGGCAGGAUGGAUGAUUCUCUGUGUGUGUGUUCUCCAGUCUAGUUAGCGUUCUCGUCCGGUUCCACGUUUGCAAAAAAAAAUUGGGAAAGCCCCACCUUUUGUUUAAGAUGCAAACAUUUGAAAUAUCAAAUAACAAGAUACAGUAACAAGACAUCCUGUAGGGUUAGCCUUCUCUCCAGCUAUCUCCUGCCUUUCUCUCUGCUGACACCAGAACAGGUGCACUGCUAGAGGGUGUGCAUGUGAGAGGGGAGGAACGGAAGGAGAAGGGGGGGGGGGGAGGGAAUUAGCUGUUCCAGAUGGAUGCCUAAGCCAGCAGGCUGUAAAAUAGAUUUUCUCCCCAGCUUUUCCACCCUUUAGGCGUCCUCCUCACUUCAUAACUAUCACAACACACUUCUUUCUAAAGAUCCCCAGAUUCACCAAGCCUGUUCUUCGUGGCUGGAUGUGGAGAGUACUGCCGAUUUGUAAAGAUUAAUUGAAAGUAACUGGGAGUAGAAAGAGGGAUACCAGGCUGAUUGGAGGUUGUGAUUCUAGAAGAUUCUGUGGCAGCCUCCUUGUCACCAUCCAUCUGAACACACCAUUAUUGUAAAACAUCACUACAACACAACUCCAAGGGUUGUCUACUGUUUGUUAGUUGGGAGUGCUGGAAGCAUGCAUCUCAUGAGUGGAGCUUUUGGUCGAAGGUUGGUUCUAGAGAAAGCCUUGUGAAGAAUUGCUGAUAGCUGAGAGAUGUCAUGCUGCAAUGAGUUAAUCCAUUGCUUUGGUUCAGAGGGUGUUUUUGACCAACUGUAAGCAGUCGAGUUGGAAGAAAAAGCAGGGUUUCUUUCUGUCUAUUUGUGGCUUUAUAUCCACUGUGUGUAAUUGUGCAAGCCAUUUGCUUUGACUGGGAAAACGCUUUCUACACUGUAUUCCAUAUAAAUAAAGUUUUGAAUGUACAUACAG